AUGAGGCCCAUUCUUCUUGCCGGGCACGAGCGUGCGCUCACCCAAAUUAAGUUCAACAAAGAUGGCGAUCUCAUCUUCUCUGUCGCAAAGGACCAGCAGAUCUGCGCCUGGUUCUCCCACAACGGCGAGCGUCUUGGAACCUACCACGGCCACGUCGGUGCUAUCUGGACUGUCGAUGUCAACCCCACCUCAACCAUGAUCGCCUCCGGUUCUGCCGACAACACUAUCCGUCUCUGGGAGGUCAAGACUGGUCGCCUCAUCAAGACCUGGGAGUUCCCUACCGCCGUCAAGCGAGUCGAGUUCAACGAGGACGGAACCAAGCUACUGGGAGUUACUGAGAAGCGAAUGGGUUACCUUUCCAACAUUGUUGUUAUCGAUAUCAACCCCGACCUCAACGCCGAGCAGAACGACGAGAAGAGCCUUACCAUCGUUUGCGACGAAAGCAAGGCCACCGUUGCUGGCUGGAGCGCCCUUAGCAAAUACAUCAUCGCCGGCCACGAGGAUGGCAGCGUAAGCCGAUACGACGCCAAGACUGGCGACCUGCUCGACAACGUCCCCGUCCACGAGCUCAACCAGCCUAUCGUCGAUCUCCAGUGGUCUCCUGACCGCACCUACUUCAUCACUGCUUGCAAGGAUAAGACUUCCAAGCUCAUCUCUGCCCGUGACCUCGAGGUCCUCAAGACUUACGUUGCCGACACACCCCUCAACAGUGCCACCAUCACCCCCAAGAAGGACUUUGUCAUCCUCGGUGGUGGUCAAGCCGCCAUGGAUGUCACACGAACCUCUGCCCGUCAGGGUAAGUUCGAGGCCCGUUUCUACCACAAGGUUUUCGAGGACGAGAUCGGCCGUGUGCGAGGUCACUUCGGUCCCCUCAACACUGUCGCCGCCGACCCUACAGGCAAGAGCUACGCCAGCGGCGGAGAGGACGGAUACGUGCGAGUUCACCACUUCGACAAGGGCUACUUCGACUUCAACUACGAGGUCGAGAGGGAACGAAUCAACCGAAUGCAGUAG